AUACCCGAAACCAGAACGGGUAUGGGCAUGGUUUUAAUUUUCUACCCGUUUCUUAUGUGAGUAUGGGUAAAACCCGAACUACUUUGAGUAGGGUAACGGAUAUGCACUAUCCGUCCCCAACCCGACUCGUUGCCAUCCCUUCUCUCAUACAAGUCCAUGAAGAGGAGAGGUGUUAGGGGGAUGGAAGGUCAAGGUAGAAAAUUGAUGAUGGUUGGACGCUAAAUGCUAUUUUAUCUCUAGACAUAUCCUCAAAUGUACUAAUGUUCUAUUUUAUGGUGAUGCACAAGUCAUUAUUCAGGUGAUUAACACAAAGGACUCGGAGCACGCGAUGAGAAGAGCUAUCUUGCAAGAGAUUCAGGUGCUACACUCAUCAUUUCAGCGUGUCUCGUUUCAUUUCGUGUCGACUGUCGCGUAGGUAUCACAAGUAGAGGUGUCAAUUAGGAUACAAAUCCAUGAAUCUAACCCAAUCCAUUCACUAAAUAAUCCAUCUAACCCAAUCUAUUUAAAUCCAAUCUAUUUGAUCAAAAUUCAAUUGGAUUACGAUUUAGUACCUAUACUUUUUAUAUUUGACGCUUUGAUACCUAAAAAUUAUUUUGUAAUACGAAAAAUAUCAUUGAAAUGAAACCUUGCUUGUGAGACUCGAGGACAACCUUGCUUGUGAGACUCGAGGAUUUGAACCUCACCUGCAUCAGCCACAGCGGACAGCUUGCUUAUCGAAGUAAUCAACCAGCAGACUCUGCUCAUCAAUCAGAGAUUACGUUAUUAUUAAAGUUACUUUUGCUGCUGGCUUCUGCACCUGAUUUUCCUGGCCCUUUCUCAUUUUCUGGUCCUCUUCUGUUUUCUUAUCCAUAAUACCUCUCUCUCUCUCUCUCUCCAAUCAAAACCGGCAACAUCGGGCCUUGCCUGGUUGGUUGCGGCAUGUUGAAGCCCGCCUAUUAAAACAAAGAGGUAAAAAAGAAAUCUUUUUUCCUUUUGGUGAAAACUGAAAAGAAAGAAAUCGUUAGCUGCCUUGAAAAUGAAUGAAAUCGGCCAAUCCACGUGCUGCAAACAUUCGUACUGACCCUCCAACUCCACAGCCUAACAAACUUACUUCUCCGAGCUCAGCUCAGUGAUGAUCCUUCCGACGGACUGAGUGCGAGAAUUGUAACUAAAUAACGGCCAAAGAUUGAAGCUUUUUUUAAUCUUCGUCGUUGGUUUCUGUAGGGUGAAAGAAGAUGGAGGACGAAGGAGGAGAUAGGAUUGAAGAGAGCAGUGUGCUAAUGGGGAGCAGUAGUAGGAAAGGAAGCGGGGGAGGGGACUGGAGAUGGGUUGAUGGCAGUGAAGUAGAUUCAGAGUCUCCUCCUUUGUCUUUACUUGAUGGUGGUCAUAAUGGAAGUGGAGGGUACGGCACUGUGAGGAGGAGGUUGGUGAAGAAGCCCAAGAGAGUCGACUCUUUUGAUGUUGAAUCCCUGGCAGUUGUUGGGGCUCAUACCCACCACAACAAGGACAUCUCCACUUGGGCCACGGUUGCAUUGGCCUUUCAAACGCUUGGUGUGGUCUACGGCGACAUGGGAACGAGCCCCUUGUAUGUCUUUACUGAUGUGUUCAGCAAGGUUCCCAUUGAGUCUGAAGUUGAUGUGUUGGGGGCCUUGUCAACAGUAAUGUACACAAUUGCUCUUAUCCCCUUGGCAAAAUAUGUCUUUGUGGUGCUGAAAGCAAAUGAUAAUGGUGAAGGAGGAACUUUUGCUCUCUACUCACUGAUCGCCAGAUAUGCUAAGGUUAGCAUGCUGCCAAAUCGUCAGCCAGCUGAUGAACUAAUCUCGAGUUUUAAGCUGAAGUUGCCUACUCCGGAGUUAGAAAGGGCUUUGCACAUUAAGGAGAUCCUGGAAACAAGGCGCUUCCUGAAAACACUCCUCUUGCUUUUGGUUUUGAUGGGAACUUCAAUGGUUAUAGGAGAUGGUAUCCUCACCCCUGCCAUAUCAGUGAUGUCCGCCACAAGUGGUCUUCAGGGUGAAGUAUCUGGAUUUGGUACAAAUGCUGUGGUUGCUGUUUCAAUUGUUAUCCUCUUGGCAUUGUUUGGGAUACAGCAGUUUGGAACAGGCAAAGUGGGCUUUAUGUUUGCUCCCAUACUCGCCUUAUGGUUCUUCUCCUUGGGCGCCAUUGGACUGUACAACCUAGUGACAUAUGAUAUCUCUGUCCUAAGAGCACUAAAUCCAGCUUAUAUAUACUUUUUCUUCCAGAAGAAUGGGGUUGCUGCAUGGUCGGCCCUUGGUGGCUGUGUCUUGUGCAUCACAGGCGCGGAAGCAAUGUUUGCAGAUCUGGGGCAUUUCUCUGUAAAAGCUAUACAAAUUGCUUUCACCUGUGUGGUGUUCCCUUGUCUUCUGCUUGCUUACUUGGGUCAGGCUGCAUAUCUAAUGAAACAUCCUGAUUCUGCAAGUAGAAUAUUCUACAAUUCAGUCCCAGAAAGCCUAUUCUGGCCAGUCUUUAUAUUAGCCUCCUUUGCUGCGAUGAUUGCCAGUCAGGCAAUGAUAUCAGCCACAUUUUCUUGUGUAAAGCAAUCCAUGGCCCUCGGAUGCUUCCCAAGGCUGAAGAUAAUCCAUACAUCGAGGAAGCGAAUGGGUCAAAUAUAUAUUCCAGUCAUCAAUUACUUUCUGAUGACCAUGUGCAUCAUUGUGGUUGCCAUAUUCCGCAGCACAACAGAUAUCGCCAAUGCAUAUGGCAUUGCUGAAGUUGGAGUGAUGAUUGUGACCACCACACUGGUCACCCUCGUUAUGCUUCUCAUCUGGCAGACGAAUUUGGUCCUUGCUUUCUUGUUCCCUCUAGUGUUUGGAUCGAUCGAGCUCAUUUAUUUGUCAGCAGUUCUUUCCAAGCUCUUGGAAGGCGGAUGGCUACCUUUAGCCUUUGCCAGUUUUUUCCUCUGCGUGAUGUACAUUUGGAACUAUGGAAGCGUGCUGAAGUACCAGAGCGAGGUGAGAGAGAAGAUAUCCAUGGACUUGAUGCACGACCUUGGCUCUAACCUUGGGACAGUUAGGGUCCCAGGCAUUGGGUUGCUAUACAAUGAACUUGUCACUGGGAUUCCAUCAAUCUUUGGUCAGUACCUACUGAGCCUUCCAGCAAUCCAAUCCACCAUCGUCUUUGUUUGCAUCAAGUAUGUUCCAGUUCCUGUAGUUCCUCAAGAGGAAAGGUUCCUGUUUCGAAGAGUUUGCCCCAAGGACUACCAUAUGUUCAGGUGCGUUGCUCGAUAUGGGUACAAAGAUGUGAGGAAGGAGAAUCAUCAGGCAUUUGAGCAGCUCCUGGUUGAAAGUCUGGAGAAGUUCCUUCGACGAGAGGCUCAAGAUCUUGCCUUGGAGAGGGAUCUCAAUGACUUCGACAUGGACAGUGUUUCAGUUACUGGUGGUGAUGGUGCUGGAACUGAUGACCUCAGGACUCCUCUGCUGAUGAAUGAUCAAAGACGAGAGGAAGCAGGAGCUUCAUCAGAAGCUGCUGCUCCCUUGGGAGUCUUACUACCCUCUAGUGUUAUGUCAUCAGAUGAAGAUCCGAGCUUGGAAUACGAGCUCUCAGCCCUUCGAGAAGCAAUGGAAUCUGGGUUCACUUACCUGCUAGCUCAUGGAGAUGUAAGGGCCAAGAAGGAGUCAUUCUUCCUCAAGAAGCUGGUCAUUAACUACUUCUAUGCAUUCUUGCGAAAGAACUGUAGAGCAGGUGCUGCUAAUCUGAAAGUGCCUCACAUGAAUAUCUUGCAGGUAGGAAUGACCUACAUGGUAUAAAUGGCAGUGUUGGUGUUCUCCAGGAGGGACGUGCUAUUUGAGUGUCGGAGAAUGUUAGUCCAUUCAAAACUGGCUACAAGUUUGGGAACACUAUGAAAUAAACUAGAAUCAGGAGUACCUUUUUCAACUCCAAAUCUGGCUCUGGUGUUGGCCGUUCAUUCAGUACAUGCUACGGUCUAAUAACAUCUAUUUCUAUAAUUUAAGUUGGUCAAAGAUGAGAUGCUUCCUUCAAUUCAUUUCCAAAUACUGUACCGCAAUUUGUAAUACCAUUGACCAAUCAGUAAACAUAAACAAAUAAAUAAAUAAAUGUUUUUUUUCUCCAUUAUAAUCGUCAUUUUGAGUAGGCGAUUCACUUAAAAACAAUGUUAAUCAUCACUUGUCAUACGACGGACUAGGAAAAGCAUGAACUUUCACAAAAAAUCAUUCAAAAUUUCCUUUGAUUUGAAGAAUUUAGAGUUAGGGUUUGCUGUUUACAAUUUGGGAUUUAGGGUUAGGAUUGAAAAUUUAAGGGUUAGGGCUUAUAGUAAUGCAUUGAUUAGUUGUGAUUGUAAUACCAUCUAUUAGACUAAUGCUAUUAAUUAAAAUUCAAAAUUCGAUGUCUUAAGCAUAUUUUUAGAGUAGACUAAUGUGUUACUUCUCGCCGUCCACCAGUGAUUCGACUAUCUACCGUGUCCAGUAGUGGCCCUAUCGCUCGGGGGUUCAUUACUUAACAUCAUCCAUACACAUUCACAUACAAAGCACAACGCGUGCCUCUACCUUAAGUAGACGGUGGGAUGUCUCACACACAUAAUCGCCCACGUAGCUAAGUAGAGGGGUUUAGCCUAGGGGAUGCUUUUUAGAAUUAUAAAUAAAAUAAUAAUAGUAAUUAUUAUUAUUACUAUCACUCUUAAUCCACGGUUACAUUCCUUCAGUCGUUCAACGAUCAAUUUGGGCCGCAUCGAAUAGUUAGGCCUUAGUCGUUAGCCUUGUUUGGUUAUGCAAUCGUCGAUCCAACCGUUCAUUUAUUAUGGUUGAACCUAACCUGAAAGGCCGAGGUGUUACAUGUCUAUUCGGUUCGGGUUUGGUUACCGGAACUGAAACACGAAAACCCAAAAUCAAUGAAAACUGAACCCGAAAACACACCUAAGAAUAUGGGCUGAGUCAGUAGCGGAGGCAGCAUUUCAAACCACCCUUGUUCUCUUUUCAUAACUUAAAUAUAUAAGUAUCUAAUAAAAGAAUUAUUUAAUAAAAAAUAAUUAUAAGUAUCUACACUAUUAUAUAAGUCUCUUUCAAGGUGUCUUACUAAACAAGUAUUAGCAAACUGGUCGCCAAAUUGAUUUGGAAACUUGUUCUUAAUAUAACUCAAAGUUGAAAAUGCUCUUUUUACACUUGCAGUUGUAAUUGGUAGAUCAAAACUAGUGGGAUUGCCGUUGUCGCUAGACAAUUUCAGGGUUGUUGGGGACAGAUCGAAUAGGCAUAAGGUGAAAAGAGACCCGAUUAGUUCUUUAUUGCAAUUGGAAUUUCGUUUAUUGUAUAAUAAAUUAACUAGUGUGGGCCCCGGCCAGUUGGCCGGAGGAAGGUAGGAUGGCAAUGGGUCGGGUUUUGCCAAAUUCAAAUCCAAAUUCAUGGGUUUAUCCGUGAAAAAAAUUCGGGGUAAAAUCUACUGGGUUUGAAAAACUCAAACCCAAUGAUUUUUCAUUCAUAAAGUGUUUUUCCCUGUGUUUUAUCGUAAAAAGUAAAAUUUAGCGUGCAUUUUUUUCAAAUAACAUGUAAGAGUGGGUCGACCCGCCCCGCCCUGUACCCGCGUGGGUAUUACCCACCCCACCCCGUGUGAGAUUGUGCGAGCCUUCACACGACUUGCCCUGACAUCCACACGGCCGUGUGAAGGAGUGGUUUGGCCGUGUGGAAUUGUGCGAGAGCAAACACGGGCAGGAUGGAAAUAACAAAUUAUCCAUAAAUAACAUGAUUAAUUGAAA